CUCCCCCGCGGCAUGCUGGGAGUUGUAGUUUUCAGGCGAGCCGGUAGGCUCAGUCUCGGGCGGGGGACAAAGGCGAAGGGGCGGGGCGAGCCCUCGGCCAAUAAGAGCGAGGGGCGGGGCGAAUCGCCGCAGAAGCCGGCCGGUGUCGCGGUUCAGUGUGUGCGGCGGCGCGGCCAUUUGCGUGCCACCAUCAUGUCGUCCAGUCAGGAAUCUGUUUUUUCUGAGUAUGAGACUGAAACCAGCCAGACAUCAAAACUGUUAAGAAAAUUUAAAGAGACGCCAUUUGUACCCAUUGGAAUGGCUGGCUUUGCCAUGGUGGUGGGCUAUGGGCUGUACAGACUGAAGCACAGGGGUGACAUGAAAAUGUCACUUCACCUGAUUCACAUGCGAGUGGCAGCCCAGGGCUUUGUAGUGGGAGCAAUAACAUGUGGUGUGCUGUAUUCAAUGUUGCGGGAAUAUAUGGUAAAACCCAAGGAGUAAUGGGAAGAUGAUUGAAAACUAUGUCCUGGUGGUGGCCUGUGUACUGCAGCUAUAAACCUCAUAUCGAGGGGUCCUUGGAAAAAAAAAAUACAUGGUAUUAGAGAAUUGCCCUAUAUCUGUCUUGUGUAUGGUACCCUGUCUUGAGGCUGUCAGUCUCAAUGAUUGCACAUGGGGGUGGUGGGUAUCAGGGACUGGUUCUUUUUGAUUGACGCUGCCCUAUCCCAGUUCUUCGGGGAUAUAGUAGAGUUUGAUCCCUUUAUCUUCCCCUUGAGUGUUAACUCGCUCAUAAAAUUGGUGACUUCUUUUGCUGCCACUGCCCAAAAUGACAAAAUCUGAACUAUUUUCUCUUGAGCUUCAGCCAGGACAUGGAGAGGCCGUGUCUACAAGAUCUUGUGGAUGUUUUACUAUCUGUCAUUUUGUAUCCUGUAUAUGUCAGUCUCCAGCCUUGUAAUUUAGAAGCUUCCAGUAGCACUAAAUGGUUUAUAAAAUAUCAAAAGUUCUAUAAACAUCUAUUUUUUUUAUUUAAGGCGUGAGAUAAGUAUUUGGUAUGUUGCAGCUAUUUAAAUGUUGUAUUUAUUCACUGUUAAUGACUCAAGGCACAGACUCCCUAUUUCUACUAGAUUAUAGAUCCUGAGAUCCUUGGAUUGCUAAAUCUUGUAACUAUUUUCACUGUUCUUUUGGGUAACAUUUAAAGGUAACAUAUAAAAUAUAUGUUGUGAAAACUAAAUCUUGAUUUGGUGUUCUAAUGCCUUUAAAGUAUAGGCACUAGCUCUUGAUUUUGCAGUAUCAAAACUUUAAAACGCUUAAAUCUGAAAAGUCCCCAUCCUCCUUGGUGAGGUGUAAAAUACUGCUCUGUAAAUUGCUGGUGUUAAUUUAAGUGGGAACCCCUUGUAUUUCAAACGGCAGUCACAAGAAUAAAUGCGAUAAGGCGAAUUUGUAAAAACAA